AAGUAACCAUCACCCACGGUACCGGGCUAAUACAAUUGCGAUUGCAUUUUAUUUAACGUUCAGUACAGAACAGUAAAGUACACAGACGUUAACAAUCCGCUGGCGGUGUCGCAUCACUUUUCAUUUGUAUACUUUUCAUUGAAUCCCAGGCAUUACUCACAAGUGUACCCAUAUCUGCCUACAUGUUUACUCUUCUUUUCACUCAACGCUAUGCAUUGUCAUGCUAAAUAACUAGUGAUAAAUAAUAUUAAUACAAUAAAAAAUAUAUCUUUAUAUUUGAUGAAAGUUGCAAAAGUGUUUAGUUUUGUUUCUAGGACAACGAUAAAAAUGUGUUUUAUUUUAUUUUAACGUUGCCUUUAUCUAAGAUUAUUUGAAUAUAUCGAUACUCACCAAUCAUGCCUAUGCAUACACCUACAUACACUUUUUUACAUAUGUGUAUCACUAUUAACGUUAACAUGUGUAAUAAUGAAAACCGAGUGACCCAAUUGUCAGACAAACAAAGCUGCUUUACGUAAACGCGUUUUUAGUUUACUUAUUUUUUUAGUUUUUUGUUAUUUGUGUGACAGUGGGUGGGUGAAGAUGGAGAGGUGGAACUUUUGAGAUUUUCCACUACUAAGAAGUCUUUACUUUUUUAGUUAGAUCACAUUCGAUCAACAUCCGCGAAACUGCCUUGGAAAAAAUAUAAUUAAUAAAAUUGGUUUUAGUGGAAAUAUUAAUUAAUUUUUACUAAACAAUAGUGAUUACACGUGUCAUGAGUUAUGUAAUGGUAAUAUACAAUAAUAUAUGGUGAUGAUGAUAUGAAAAAUAGAGUUUAGUUGGUAGGAAGACGAUAGGCUGAUAUAUGUUGCUGUUACUGCUACUGUGAUUGCUGUGCGGAUAGUUUUGAUUGGCUCAGUUGAUAAUUUUUUCCGAAAUUUUAAUUUAGUAAUUUUAUUUUAAAUAUUUACUUGAAGUUUAUUUGAGUCAAGAGGUAAUGAUGCGAAGGACACGGAUACAAGUUGUUGUUAUCAUUCACCUAGUCUUCGGCGGUAUUACAGUUGGAGAAAAAUGUGGAAAUUGGAGUUGGGAAAAAGUGGACGGUAUGAUGCCGGAAAGUUAUGUUGCGAGUGAUAUUCUUUAUAGUGCAGCAGAUAAUGAUGGAAUUGUAACAGCUUGUUUUGAUAGAUGUUUAAAUGCAAAUUGUACAGGAUUUUUCAUUGAUAUUGAGCAAAGCACGUGUUCAAAAGUCACAACAGAAAGUGGAAAAUUUGAAACAGCGCCAACAUUUACUUAUUACCACAAAAUAUGUUUACCAGUGCCAGUAGAGUGCAGUAAAGAUAGAAUAUGGCAAGUACAAAGGACCUUGGGAGAAAUCCUAAUAGAUACGACGGUUAAUUGGCUACCUGAAGUCAUGACGAGGAGUAAAUGCUAUCAGAAGUGCAUUGCAGCAAGCAAUAGAUGUAAAUCUGCACAAUUUCGAGCAAGCAUUGAUCUUGCUAUCGGUGAUGUUCAAGGUAUUUGCGCUCUUUUGUCUAUAGAAAGAGGUAUCAGGCCGCAAUCUUACCGGGCAGCGCCGUAUCGUGAUGAAUAUUUAGAAAUUCAGUGCCAUAAAUUAUCAAAUACUGAUUAUUGUUCAUACGCAGAGUUUAAAAAUGAGACGUUGCCAUACUCAGAUUUAAAAUUAAUCAAUUAUGAUGCAAAACAGUGCGAAGAGAGAUGCAAUGAAUCAAACGACGGAUUUAUUUGCCGUGGAUAUACGAUCAAUUACGCAUCAAAGUACUCACCAGUCUGCUUGCUGCAUUCCUAUGACACGAUAACUGCAGGAGUUAGUUCAUUAGUCAAAGCUACAAACGCAAUUUACAAAGAACGUGAACCCUGUUUAAAUCUAAAAGUAUCAUGCGGGAACUCGAGUGUAAUUAUCGAACUAGAUACUCCAGAACCAUUCAACGGCAGAUUAUACGCGAGUGGUUACAGCGAAACUUGCAACGUGCAAGGUACCGGUUUGAAUAAAACGAUACUUGAGUUGCGGAUUCCUGAUAAAAAGGAAAUGGGCAAUGGCAAUAUUGACUGUGGAAUUCUACCGGCGUAUGCUAUAGAAGACAACAAUCAAACGCGCGUUGCCGUUUGGGUAACUGUCGUAGUACAAUUCAAUGCAAUAAUUCAGAGAUUGGGCGAUCAAUCUGUAAGAGUGGGAUGUACUUUGGAUGAUGAAGUUCCGGGGCCGAGAAAUAUAACUAUUGGAUCAGGAUUUGAUUUUUUGAAUCCUAACGCGGGACUCCCACCAAUUGUUGGAACAAUUUUUAAUACCACAGCAUCGCCAAUGGUGUCGAUGAGGAUCUUGGAUGAAAACAUGCGAGAAAUCGUGUCUGCAGAAUUGGGACAAAGGCUUGUGUUGGCGAUUGAGAUGAAUCCACCUGAUGGCCCUUAUGAUAUGGCAGCAGGGCACUUGGUAGCAAGUAGUACCUCCGGCGAUGCAUCAAUACUCUUACUAGACGAAAUGGGAUGUCCUACCGACGCAAAAAUAUUCCCCGGGAUGUUUAAAGACCCCGUUAACAAUAAAUCACUGAUUUCAACUUUCACGGCUUUCAAAUUCCCGGACAGUUACCGAGUGAAAUUCAACGUGAUAGUGCGUUUUUGCCUGUCUGAAUGUCCUCCUACGAGGUGUAAGGGCGACAUUGUGUCCUACGGACGGCGUAAAAGGUCAGCGGCAACAGUCGCCGAAUGGAAUGAAGUCAAUUCCGAGAUGGAUACUAUUGAAGAAUUGCCGCUGGAGUCUUCAAUUAUUGUCCGGGACGCGAUAAUUGCUGCCGAUCCAUUACGCUCAGGAAAAAGUGAUACAAUUUUUUUAGCUGGCGAACAAUCAAUGGAAGGAUUACUGUGUGUUGACGCAGCACUGGCAUUAGGUCUCCUUAUUUUCUGGCUAAUUGUACAAAUUCUGUUAACAAUGACUUGUAUAUAUGUGAUAAGAAAAUACCGGAGAGUUGCGCGCAAAGCCGAAGAAGACCGUGCAGACAUUUUGACGAGACACUUGUACGGUAUCCAUGGUGGUAAUUUUGAAAUUUCACGGCGGGUUCGGUGGGCGGAUCACAACGGCUCUACCAUCAGUUAAUAGUUCAUUUAAUUAUUAGCUUUAUUUAUUGAUAAUGCCAAAUAAAUUAUAUUAAUAUUACAUUUUUUUAUACUUAGUUUUAAGAAGUGAAACAAUAUUUUGUAGAAAUUU